UUAGGUGCUUGUUUGAACACAGGUACAACUUUAAAAGUCACCUUUUGAUGUUUUAAUAGCAUAUUUCUUUGGAAAUGCAUCUGUAUUUACUCUUUCAUUGCUAAUAUCCUUUCAGUGUUUGUUGGAACACCUGCCGGCAGUUGUAGGUUAGUACUUCUUGUUUAUAUAUGCUGCCAUUUGAUUUCAAUGCUAGGGAUUUUCACAGAACAUGGUGGCAUCGACUCUAGGAGGAAUAUAUCGGGGAGGGGGUUUCUCUCCAGUGAAGUGGUAUACUUGUAUUUCUCUCCCUUUCAGUAUUGCUGUAGUUUUAGCAUUCCCUUUUAACACAGUCACACCAGCAAAUCCCCAGCUUGGUAGGACCGGAAGUGCUGGAACUAAAGAGAUUAUGACUGAUUAUGUGCUGGGAUAGUGCAUAUAUAGACCAAAAUCAUCCUUAAUUCCAAUUACAAUGACAUUUUUAGCCGAAGUUGUUGACCUUUGCUAGUAUUUUUUUAGAACACAAGAGAAGGCAAUUGAAUCUGGAUUUUUUAUGGUCUAACAGAAAUAAAAGUUUCAGCAACUCAGAGCUAAUGGGAGCCCAAGUGGCAUUGUCUUAGAUUUAAUGAAUCAGUGGCACUAAGGCUAUUUUUUGCAUUUAUAUAUAGGAAUUUCAGUUCAUUGUAAUCAUAAUGGCUAAUCUUACUUAUUCCCUUCACUUUUCUUCUGCACAAAUAUAAAACACAUGUACACAAGAUUUCCUGGGUAUGGCACAUUCAUUAUAUGAUAAUCUUAAAACAAUACUGCAUCACACGUUUGUGCAUGUGGAGGUCUGAUGAUGAGCACCAUCUUCUUGUGAAGUGUGUAAAGGAGCCUGCAAGGCAGGUGUAUGUGUAUUUUUUAUUAAAUUAUGAUGUGUUGCUAAAACUUCUUUUUUUCCUAAUGUAGAAAAAUACGCAAGUUUGCAGGAGGUGAUGGAAGUGCAACUUACUCUUCCUUUGACAAAAUAAGCAGAGUGGAGGAGCCACCAGAAUUGUCAUCCAGGAUCAGCAGCUUCUUUGACUCAGUAUUGCGCAGAAGGAGCAGGGAGGGGUAUGGAUGAAAAGAGGGAAACGGGUAGCUGAUAAAGGGACUGAAACUGAACAUAGCAGUGGGACGAAACGCAGAAUUUCCAGAUCUGAGCAUACUUUGCAGUGGUCCAAGGAUUUUGGAAAGCUAUCAAAUAUAGAAAAAAGUCUGGUUAGUUCCAGGCAUUCUGGUGUUUCUGAUGAGCUGUCAAGCGAAGAGGAUACAGAUACCAUGAGUCAGAGAGUUUUACUGCGUAGAAGUGUAGAAGGUGCCCUUACUGUCGAUAACAAUCAGAGCGACAAUCAGAGCAAGAAGUCUUCUCUAGGUUCUAUAUCUGCUUCUCCAAACCAGUCAGUAUCACAAGUCAAGGAAGUAGUGAAAUCUAUGCAAGACUCUGACAGCGUAGUGGAUUCAGAAGUUGACACAGCACUUCUUCAUGAGGAAACCAAAUCCCAUUACAGCAGUGGAUCUCGAAGUGGCAGUGUAUCCCAUAGAGACUCAGAAAGCACCCGUCAUGACUCAGAGACAGAGGAUAUGCUGUGGGAUGACUUGCUUCAUGGGCCCGAGUGCCGCUCCUCUUACACUAGUGAUAGUGAAGAAGCCAAAGGGAAAGAUGCAAAAGGAAGCAAACGAGAUCUGAAGGAAGAUGUCUUUCAGCAGAACCACUUGUUCUGGCUUCAGAACACAAGUCCUGCCUCUACCAAAGUGAGUGCUCUUAUCUGGGAGGGGAAUGAGUGCAAGAAGGUGGACAUGUCUGUACUGGAGAUCAGUGGGAUCAUCAUGAGUAAGGUCAAUGCUUAUCAACAAGGAGCUGGUUAUCAGUGGCUGGGAAAUAUUGUCACCAUUGGUUUAGCCUUCCUUCCCUUCCUCUAUCGACUUUUCCACACAAAGACCUUGGAGCAGUUGUGGUCACUUUCUAUAAAAGAACUUUUAUAUAUCUUCUGUGGGGCUCCCACAAUUCCUCCUGUUGUUAUGCUUUCUGUCAUCAUCUUCCUUGAACGUCUGUGCCUCACCUGGAUGUUUUUCUUCAUGAUGUGUGUUGCAGAGAGAACAUAUAAGCAGCGAUUUUUGUUUGCUAAACUUUUUAGCCAUAUUACCUCUGCUCGGAAAGCCAGGAAAUAUGAAAUCCCUCAUUUCAGACUCAAGAAGGUGGAAAACAUUAAGAUCUGGUUAUCGCUUCGCUCCUACCUGAAGAGGCGAGGCCCACAGCGAUCUGUUGAUGUAGUUGUAUCUUCCAUCUUUUUACUGGCUCUUUCCAUUGCUUUCAUAUGCUGCGCACAGGUUUUAAAAGGUCACAAGACAUUCUUGAAUGUAGCUUACAACUGGGAAUUCCUAAUCUGGGAAACAGCCCUGCUUCUCUUCUUGCUACGGUUGGCAUCCCUGGGCUCUGAAACCAACAAGAAAUAUAGUAAUAUUUCCAUUUUGCUCACUGAACAGAUAAACUUGUAUCUGAAGAUGGAGAAGAAGCCAAACAAGAAGGAACAGCUCACUCUGGUGAACAAUGUCCUAAAACUCUCUACGAAACUCCUGAAGGAGUUAGAUACACCCUUCAGAUUGUAUGGCCUGACAAUGAACCCCUUAAUCUAUAACAUCACACGUGUGGUGAUCCUGUCAGCAGUUUCUGGUGUCAUAAGUGAUCUGCUGGGAUUCAACAUCAGAUUGUGGAAAAUCAAACCAUGAAGAGAGAAGGCCCCAAGCAAAGGCAUAAGAAUUAGAAGCAGUCCUUCAUAGACACGUAUGGCAGUUGAAGGUGCUUUCGAAAUUGUGCCAGUUCUCACAUCAACACAAAUUUCAUCCGCUCUUUGUGCAUUCUCAAGACUUCAGAAUAAAUUAAUUUAUUCUCAUUGAGCCUGUGGCUUGAAGAAAUGGUUAAAGAAACCUUAGAAAAUGGUGAGCUUGUAAAAUAAAGCAAUUUUAAUGAAACAAACCUGCAGCUCCUGUGGAGUGCAGCAGCAGGACAUUAAGUCUUGGUUGCAGCAGUUUUAUGGUAUGAAAAAUGCCAAUAUUUGUCUGAUCUAAAAUGUCUUGUUCUGACAGUCGUUUGUAGCCUGAAAAGAAAAAUGCAUGCAUGCUACAUACAUGUUGGAUUCUUUCAGAGGCAGGUGGGCUACUUGUUACUUAAGUUCUGAGUUAGACAGGGCUUGUUUUUUUACAGAAUCACUGUCUUUAUGCUGCUGUUAACUUAUUUUUAACUUUUCAUUAGUGCCUCUGCUGAAAAGCCUUUUCUUGGAUGAUAGUAGGCUUCGCAGCAGAAGUUGCCAUGGGACUCACCUAUUGAUGCUGAUUUGGGAAGAGAGUGAGAAAAUGAAAUUCAUCUCCAUAAUAUGAAUGCCUCUUCUUCAGGCAUUUGCAGUUCAGGUCUCUAGUUGCUUAGUAACACACAAACAGUACCAGAAGGUGGCCUACAGUAGGUCUGCCACAGAGAGAGAGAACAUUUUUCUGAAUAAUUAGCAUUCUCCACAUAACUUAUUAUAUGAAUGCAGACCAACCUAUACAAGCAAAGCAAGCUCUCCAUGAGAAAUUACAGCAAUGUUUAUACACUACUGCAGAGAAUGGGAUUGGAUGUUUUACAUCAUUUAAAAGGCACUCAGCCAGAUUUUUGCUUGGAUACAUUAUACUAUCCAUUGCUGGCAUGUAGUCCUAGAGAGGCUAUGGUUGGGGCACUGUAAGUCCCUGUUUGUUAAAUCUUUGCACACAAGCUUUCCCAAGUAGGAUACUUUGUCCGUGGCUGCUUCACCCAUGGGAAUUUUGUAAAAAUGUAAUGUGUAUACCAUGUGGAAAAUCACAUUACCACACACACACACACACACGGACUCCACAGCAUCUUCCAAAUGUGUAUACAUAUCCAUCUCUAGUUCUUCCAAGUCCACUUAUGGAAACAGUGUAAAUUAGUUUUACAAAAGGACUUGCCAAAUGAUACUGCCCAGUGGAAUCUCAUCAAGUAUUGUAUGCAGUAGUUCAAUAGGAUCUCCUUCAAACAAUACACUUGUCUUAAAUUUUUAAGUAGAGACACUGUCUCUAGAACAUUCAAAGCCACAUAUAUAUUUUUUUUUUUACAAAAUUGUUUGUAUAUGUGUAAACUGUUGGGAGUUUAAAUACUGUUGAUACAAGUUCUUUCAACUGAAUGUUACCAACAUGGGCAAAUAAAAAGAUCAAGGUAGA